UCAGCGACUUAUAGCGGGACUGCGGCGGGCAUUCUGACACUGGGGGGAACUGACUUGGUGUCACUGACAUCCCCAGUGACACCAAUACAUUGAUCAGUGCUUAAAAAAAAGCACUGACGCUGUACUAAUGACACUGGGCAGGAAGUGGUUAACAUCAGGGGCGAUCAAAGAAUUAAUUAUGGGGCGAUGUGUGUGGGCUUUACUGUAAUCACACUACUCUGGAUGGCUGUUCUGUGCACAGCCAUCCAGAGCAAUGUGCCCGAGCUGACAGGGAGGAGGACUGCUAGUAGUAGUUCUCCUCACCUUCGGAGAUGCACUGUAAUC